AUGAGUUUGAAAAAUCGAGUACAAUAUUUAUUUAAUCGCAAUACAAAUUAUGCAUUUCCCGAACACGCAUUAAAUCAAGCUGAAUCGCUAAAAUCGUUGUCAAACGAUCUCUAUACAGAUUCCGUACGUUUCAUAUACGAGUUACUACAAAAUGCAGAUGAUGCAUCAAUUAGAAAUUUAUCUGUACCACGAAAAGUUGUAAUAUCUGUUAUUGACAAGUAUUUGAUUAUUACUCAUAAUGGUUUACCCUUUAAUGAAAAAGAUCUUGACGCCUUGUGUGCUGUUGGUUGUGGAACAAAAGCAAAAGAUUAUGAAAAGACAGGAUAUAAAGGUCUUGGUUUUAAAGCCGUAUUUGGCAAAUCAGGUUAUGUUUUGAUUUAUAGCAAAGGUGAAUAUUUUCGAUUUGAUUCUUCCCAGACAUUUCAUUGGAAUGCAAACUGGUCAGAAACGCAAAACACAUGGGAAAUAGAAAAUAAUCGAAAAUUUAUUUUUCCUUGGCAAAUAGUUCCAUUAUGGACAGAAAUCAAUGAUGUACCGACAAUGGUUAAAGAUUUCAUCAGAAAUAAUCCAUGCAAGGUGGCUUAUAUCAUACUUCUUAAUAAAGUAGAAGAUGCGGAACAAGGACUAAAGCAAUUACAGAAACACUCACAUAUGCUUUUAUUUCUCAGAAAUAUAACUGAAACUCACUUUUAUUCAAAGACGUCUAGAGUCAUUUUACGUUUAGAAACAAAUACUGAUGGAACGAAAAAACUACAGUUUACUGGUGGUAUUCCUUCACAAUGGAUAAUGAAACAACUAGUGUUAGAUAUACCUGACGAAAUUUGUCAAGCGUUAUCAAACGACUUAAAUAUACCAGAGAAGCUGAAAUUGGUCCGAAAAACUGAAAUAUCUUUUGCUGCAAAGUAUGAAGGCACAAAUAAAAUACAAAAAUUAGACGAAAACGAAAGUGUUCUGUUUUGUUACAUACCAACAACAAUUUCUCAAUAUAAGUUUCCAUUACUUGUUAAUGCUAAUUUUCUUACUACUGUUAAUAGAGAACAACUUCAUACAGAUUCGACUUGGAAUCAAUGGUUAUUCAAACAAAUACCGAAAGAAAUAUUCAAAUGGAUAAGUGACUUAGCGCUUGAAAAAUGGCAACAGCAUGCAUAUAAACUAGUACCUAAUAAACUAACUCUGAAUGAUACAUUAGUGAAAAGAUAUAAUGAAAGUUGCGAACAAGGUAUGAAACAGAUAAAAUUUAUCAUGAAUAAUCAACGAUCUCCAUUAUUUUUGUCUGUUGAUGAGGCGAUUAUUGAUCUGACAUCAUUAUCAAAAGAACCGUUUGUUGGUAGUGAUCGAAUUCGAUUAAAUUGGGCAUUAAAAAGUUUGACUGGAACAAUUGUAUUCAGUUAUUUAAAAGGGGUAAUCUUUGUCGACUAUCAUUAG